CUUUCACCAUUUCUGCCUUUCUCACGCUUCCAAUCAGUUCAUUUAUACAAUACCAUUUUUCCUCUUUAUAACUUGCAUUUUCCAAUUCCACAGUACACAAAUGGCGUUGCGCUACGACCGACACAGCUCUCGAAUGAGCCUGGCCAGCACGGACAAUGGGUCACGGCGACACAGUCUUUUGUCGGCAGAUGGCAAUCAGCAUCUGGACAGCACAUACAACUAUGCGGAUUCAUGGAGUCCGCAGGGCGACAAGCUCAGGCGGUGGCGACAGACGUAUAUAGCCAGCGAGACCGGCGACACAGAGGGAGUGCAGUCAACAUCGCUGGCGCUGCCGGACGACUCGCGGUUCACCACGUGCAUGGCACUGAGCGACGACCAGCCACUGCUUGCAAUUGGAUCGGGCAGCUAUGAGACAAACAUGUUUUUUGUCCAGAGCCUGGACGAUCAACUCGAUGUUAAGGCGUCGUUUGCAUCCAAAUUUCCUAUAUACUCGCUGGCCCUCAAGUCCAACCUGCUGAUGGCCGGAACGGACCGCAACACCAGCGUGCUGUACCAUGUUGAUCGCGCGCGGCUGCUGGGAUUUGCAUCGGACGAUAGCGAUGGCCCGCUGGUGCGCUGCGUUGGAACGUUUAAGAACAAGGCUGCCAAGAGCAUCGACGUUGCUGCGCCCGGCAACCAUGUGCCGACAAAGCGCGUAUCGUGUGUGGAGUUUGCGCCCCCCUUUGCGGCCGGCAGCUCAUCCGGGUGGCCGCCGGCGCAGGUUGCGGCGGGCGCCGAUGUGUUUUUGGCAUGUCUGGGCGGUGUCGUCAAUGUAUGGGACGCGUCGAGCAGCCAGCAUGCGCUGCGCGCCGAGAAAGUGUCGGCGCAGCCUAUCAGCCGCGCCGCUUGGAGCCCGCAGGCGCCGGCCAAUCUGAUUGCGGCCGGCGGAACCGACGGCGUUGUCAGCAUUAUUGAUCUGCGGCGGCGCGGCCGCUCGCUGGUCUGGCGCACGGCGGGCGCGUCUGUGGAUGCUGUUGGUGGGUACAGCUCGUGGCUGGGCGGCGCUGGGCUAGCCGGCGACUCGGGCGCAGUUAACGACGUUGCCUGGUCGCCGUUUGUGCCAUACUGGCUGGCGGCUGGCGGCGAGUCCGGUGCCGUUAGCUUGUGGGAUCUGCGCUAUGUGUCAGAGUGCGGGCCGGCGGCGACGCUGCGUCACCCGACGGGCCACGGCGCCGCACGCAGCGUGGCGUGGAGCGCGUCUCAUGCGGACAUGCUGUCAACAGGGUCUGGCGACAAGGCGUGGUGGCUGCAGUCGAUGCGCGCUGAGGACUUUGCUGACGGCAGCGGCCGGCGCUCGGUCAGGGCGGCUGUAGUGGCCGAGCGCCGCGCGGCAGACGACAUUGGCUCGGUCAUUGCCGUGCGCGCCAAGGGCACUACCUUCUACACCCUGAGCUCGUGUGGCGACCUCUACGCACACCGCUUGACUGGACAAGCGCUGCAGGGUGCUGCGGUGCACCGCGUUGGUAGCGAGUUUGCAGCCGCUGAGGAGGCUGUUUACGCACGUGAUGUGCGCAAGGCCGCUGAGAUUGUGCUUGGGAUGAUGGAGGAGGGUGACCUGGGCGACGAGACCGAGACCAACAAGACGCUCUGCGAUCUGUUCAAGGUUAAGCCGCGGCCUGGCCACAACUCAUGGGCACUUCCGCCACAGUCUUCGGGAGCAGCAGCCGGCAGCUCGCUGGCUGAUGGAGUGGGCAGCGGUGGCAGCGGAGGCUUAAAUCAGGCGGUCCUGAACAGUGGUGAGGCUGCGGCGGCGUUUCUUGCCGACAUUGAGCGCUUUGGCUAUGGGUUGCCGCCGGACUUUCCGCUAGAGGCGGUGGCGCAGCGGCAUCCGGUGGUGCUACAGGUUCUUGAACGGCUCAACCUGGCCAGCCUGCGCACCAAGCUGGCCGACCUUGUUGCUGACCCGCAGGCGACCACGUCGAACGGCCAGCCGGCAUGGAAGGUUAUUGUGGAGAAGCACAAGGUGAUUGCACAGUACGCACAAAAGGCGCCAGCGCUGUUCGAUGCGAAGCUGCUGCGCGGCGUCGUGAAGCUCGUUCUGCCCCACGACUGCAUUGCUGGCUUGUCGCUGGGCCUAGGCAUCUGCCGUGCAUUCCUGGCUAAUGGUCGCAGCGAGGAGCUGGACAGUCUGGUGCACGUGCUUUUGUUUCCCACUGUGUUUGACGUUGCCGACGAUGCUGCCGCUGCUGCUGCGGCGGACUCGGCUGGUGCGAGGCCCGUUUUGGUGCUGGACGCCGAGCAAGUGCGAGCGCGUAUCCGCGAGUGCCUGGUUGCGUGUCCGGCGGCUGUGCUCGAGAUGGUGGCGCUGGAGAUCAGCAUCCAAGAGACUGUUCUCGCGGGCGGCGAGCAGGCGCAAGUGGCUGAGAGCAUUGUUGCAGCGAUGAAGGCGCAUGCGCAGACAGUGGCGCCCAUGCUGGCGGGCUCCAACAUGCAGAUCCACACGGCGUAUCCGGCAACAACCACGGUGUCAGCCAGCGUCGUGCGGUUGUACUUCAACUCGCUUGUGCCCAUGCGCGCCUACGACGAGUACCUGGUCAACACACAGUGGUGGCGGGCACAAUCCCCGCCAGACUCUGCCACAGAGGGCCGCCUGGUAGGCGCCGACUUUGGGUGGCCAUCGUCCUACCCUCUUGCGCGCUUGCUUAACCGGCAAGCCGCCACGCUUGUUGUGCCGAGGUUCCGCCGACAGAUCGACGUUGUGCGGUCAACUGUGCAGAAGGAACCGCUGAGCCUGGAGCCGCGGCUUUACCGCGACACCUUGUUGAAAAUUGCACGCGUCAAUUUACUUAUGCGCUGCGAUACUGCUCUCGGGUUUACUGCGUCUUCUCCGCCUGGCGGACAACAGAUGACGUCGACGUCGGUUUCCUCUUCUGAGUUGUCCGAGAGCUUUGAGGAGGUGGGCCACGCGUUUUUGAUGCUUUUGGAGGCGCUGACCAGGCACAGUAGCCAGCGGGAGGCCUACAAGAAGGCUGCAGCUGAGGCACAGCCCUUAUACGAGUCCUUGAGCGCCUUGCUGGAGUCGGAGCGCGCCAACAGGCCGCAUCAGCGGCAGAUGGGCAGGCUGGGGGCGGCAGGGGGGCCAAAGGAUAUUGACUUGUUGUUGUUGGAUGAGCGCAAGGCGCACAUGUCGACGGUGUCGAGAUAUCUGCGCAAACUGGAGCAGUAUACCGGGACAACGACGACAAAAACAUCAACAAAUGAGCGUGGUCUGUGAAGCAAGUUAAUUUGAAAAUUUUGAAUGAAUAAAUUAAUGAAUGAAUGACAAUGAGGGAGGAUUGUCUCUUGGAGCUGCAAUUAUUUUGUACUUUGUAUUGUUUUUUUAUCUUUACUUUUUCAAUAUAAGAACCAUUUCAAU